ACAAAAUAUCGAUAAAUAUAGCAAUUCGAUUUAAUUUCGUUGUCACACAAUUAUUACGUAUUACUCGAAUUCUGUUAAUGAUUAUCUUCCUUAGACACAACUGAUAACGGAUAAAUUCCAAACUCCAAGGUGAUGAAACACUUCAUCGACCAUCUAUUAUAGUUGCUGGAUUACUAGAACGUUUCUAAUCAUUCAGUCGUCGCAGCAUAUUUAAGAAUGUUCCACGGUGUACGAGUGGCUAAAUAAUAAUAAUUUAGGUCGUCCCAAUAUAGAAUUACAAUUUUGUGGGAAUGUUUAAGGUGUUUUUGGGUGGAAGAUUCAAAACUGAAGUAAAACUCAAGUUAACUGAUGUAUAUCAUUGCGCUGUGAUCACAGAAAUAGAAUACUAUUUACACUCAUGACUGUAGCUACACACGAUGGACAAAAGUUGGAUCAACCAGGACAAAAUCAAUAAUUACGAAUUUUUACUUGAACGUUUGGCUGGAGGGAGGAUGGCUGUUUACAUUAAAAAGUUCGAAAUACUCCAAAAAGAGACAGCCAACUCGACCAUGCUCAGCGAUUGUGUGCCAGUCAUCAUGGACCUAAUAACAUGCGAUCUGAAUGUAGAAAAAGCAUUACGACAAUCGUUGCUCCAUAAUCUUGUUCAAAUGGUCGUUUCGUCUGAAAGUGUUGUACAAAAGCUGUCGGCCGCAUGGAAAACGGAUGUGCUGUUGGGAAAUCUGGUCCGAGUCAUGCGUGAACACGUCAUGACACAGUACAAAUACUAUCAAUUGUACACACACAACGUGGUCACCGUGAUGAAGUGUUUGGCUCAAGUCAUGAAAAACAAUAAAGCUAAAGAAAAUAAGUUCAUCCAGACCACGUAUUUAGUGGGUAAGGACAGCUGUACUAUGUUGGAUGUUCUUCUGAAACCCAUGCAGUAUCUAGUAAACAUGAAUAAGAUGUUUAACGAUUUAGGGUGUCUGUUAUUGAACACCGAAGAUACAGACUAUGUUGGUGAAAUAAAGCGUUAUUUAACUCAGGUUUUUAACAAAAUCCAGAGCAAACUCGAUUUAGUGUCAGAAAUUAUUGAACAAAUUAUUAAACGAUAUGAGAGACGGUGUGAUAAAACGAAAUUAGAUGAUGAAAAAUGGAAGAAAAUAAAAGAGAAACUUGUACACAUUUUUGAAACUACUAUUGUUACACCUUGUUCAUUUACUUUCAACUUAUAUUUAAAUUACUAUUUUCCUAGCGAAGAACACCUCAAUGAGUAUUUAACCACUUUAGAUAAUAAGAUAAUAAAAUAAUAAGAUAUUAUAUUAUGUAAUCGAAAUUCCUAUAAUUGGUUUGUUUGUAAAUUGCUUUUACAUGAUUGUAUUGAUUAUAAAUUUUAAAAGAAUUUAUUUUUGUUUGACAACAUUAAUCCGACUACAAGAUUUAUUUUUCAGUCUUACACUUAAUUUACUAAAUUGUACAAGUACACAACUCAACUAAGAUUUCUUAAAUUUACAUAAAUGUUAAUUAUUUUAUAUUAUUAAUUCAUUCAAACAUUUUUUUAUAAUACCUCAAAGGCAGAAAACCUUUAU